CAGUGCAUCUACCAGCUCAUCAGAUACUCAGGAGACGGUGAGUUUUGCAGACACAUCCCAGGGGCCGGCUGCAAGGACAGUCAAAUAUGCCUUCAGCAAAAAAUCCUACACCCAGAAGGUUCUCAACUCCUCUGACUUCACCAAAUACAUCAAAAGAUAUGGCACUGGUGUUGACUGUGGAGGAAAAGUGUGCUUGGAUCUUGGUUACAGAGAUCACUACCAUUGUCUGGAUUGUCCACAGAAGGUGUUUAUACGUAAGGAGGAGACGGUCCGACAUUACAAGUGGCACAGAAAGCGAAAUGACUCCUUGCACAAAAAACAUGGAAACUGUACUCACAAUGGCAGGCAGACCCAUUAUCAUUGUGUUCAGGGAGACUGUGAUAAAGUCUAUGUCAGUACCUCCGAUGUGCAGAUGCAUGCCAACUUCCAUCGCAAAGACUCUGCCAUCAUCCAGGAAGGCUUUCAGAGGUUUCGAGCCACUGAAGACUGCGGCACAACAUCCUGUUCAUUCCAUGGACAACGCACAACUCAUUUCCAUUGCAGACGAGCUCAGUGUAACUUUACAUUUAAGAAUAAAGCUGACAUGGAAAAACAUAAGAGCUACCAUCAGAAAGAUGAAGUGUUGAGUAGAGAUGGAUUCAAGAAGUUCAUGAAAUAUGAGACUUGCUCUUUCAGUGGAUGCCGCUAUUCAAAGAUCAGCAACCAUAUCCAUUGUAUUAGGCCAGGCUGCCAGUAUGUGCUACACUCCACUGCCCAGCUGUAUUCUCACAAACGCAAGCAUGAAAGGCGGGAAUUUGACCACACUUACCGCACUUUCAGAAACUUGCAGCAGAAAGUGCCAAGCUCUGGCAUCAAAAGCGAAGGACAGAAUGGGGAGAAGUCUCCCUUACUGAACCAUGCACUGAUAAAUCAGACUAAGAUACUUCCUCUUCCAGCAGCGGCUGUAGCCAGUGUAAAGAUGGUAGGCAAGAUGUCAGGACACCCCGCUGGAAAUGACAAGAAACAGGUAGCUGAUAGUUUGCAGACUGGAAACUCCACCUCACUGAGCCUUAUUAGCAAUGCCAUUAGAAAGCCAGUUCUGAACCCCAACUUCCCAUCGCCUGGAUCUUUGCUGUUGGCUGGGAAAACUUUGCCUCAUUUUUCUCAGACUCAUGUAGCAACCGACAAAGUACUGAACCUCACCGCGCAGGGAGGAGAAGGACAAAAAGACAAAGAGGAAUUGCGGCAAACCUUGACUUUGCCUCAUUAUUCUCACGCUCAUGUAGCAGCUAAUGACGUACUGAAACUCACUGCACGGGGAGGAGUAGGACAAAAAGACAAAGAGGAAUUGCGGCAGACCUUGACUUUGCCAGUAAAACUGUCCGGAGAAACAUUUCGAUCAAACAUAGUGGGCGUCAAAAACGAGCUGAAGUCUGAGGUUAAUGGGGAAAGGUAUGUGAAACAGGAACCAAAGUGUGAAGCUGCUGGUGAGGCUCAGAUAAGGAUCUUGGAAUUCACGGAUGAGCCACAAGAUCUGUCAUUGCCCAAGAAAGAAAAAGGUAGCCCACUUUUUAAAGGUGACAGUAUAAAAAUGGAUACCUCUUUCAAAUCAGAACCAGAUUCUGAUAGCUUGCCACAAACGUCAGAAACAUUUGAUGGUGAUUACGAUGAUGAUGAGGAUGAUGACGACGAUGACGACGAUGAUGAUAAGGAUUAUGGGCAGGUAGAAGAGCCCACGCUUGUCAACACCUUCAGCAUUGCUCUUGAUGGGGACAAGUUCAAUGAUUCCUUGAACCUGACAGUACCAAAACAAGAUGGGAGACAAUCCAAGGAGGUGGUUACAAGUGGGAAUGUUGGUCUUGGUGCUGCUAUUGGAAGAUUAGUGACACCAGGAGCACACACUAGUGUCCCUAAAGUUGUGGCUGCUCUGCCAGAGUCUGAUAAGAAAGUGGCUAGUCAUGGCAGUCCUCAGGACCAGCGCCCGCAGCUGCUCAAACAAGUUCCUCAGGGAGCUCCUCGGGCCAUUCUCACAGCCAAAGGCAAAGUUCUGGGUGUCCAUAUUCCUGUGAGAUUGUUGCCUGAAAGGCGUGAACGAGAUGAGUCGUGGAAGAGAUAUCUUAUUCGAUACACUGCCAAUGACGCUUGCUUCUCACGAUGCUCUUGCUUAUACAAAGACCACUACCACUGCCGCACUGAAGGCUGCCAGGUUGUCUUCAAGUCUAAGGAUGGUGUCCGAGGUCACGCCAGGUUCCACGAGCUUCAGGACAGUAUCACACCACUGGUGUAUCUCCAUUUCAAGCCAGAUACGGCAUGCAACACUUCAGCGUGUCCUUACAUGGGCAAAGAGGAACACUUCCAUUGUAAUUGGACAAACUGUAGCCAGACCAUCCCAGCAUCGGCUCCGACAUUCUCCAGGCUUGAACACUACAGAAUUCAUGAGUACGCAACGGUAGCAGCCAACAAAAGCCGCAGUAGCUUCUCAAACGCAGGCUCCAAGGUAGAGAUGGAUCCACUUCAGAAGCGCAGAGGCCGACCCCCAAAGUAUCCCAAAUAUGAUCUCCCAGUUGUGCCAAAGGUCCACUUGACAGAGAAGGAAAUCCUAGAUUCCACCCUGGCUUUCAUGCACAACAAGUGUGGCGAAGACAGCAAAAUAUUCAACGGCUUCAAGAAAUGUGUGGCUUCAGACCCCUGCCCUGACGACCAGUGUAUUUACAAAGGAAAGGAUCACUUCCAUUGCGGUCGCAAGUACUGUCACAUGUCAACAGACAGACUGGAUGUUUUGAACCUUCACGCUAAAGAUUUCCACAACAACAUCACCAUACUAGAUGGAUACGAGUUCUUUGAAAGGACUGUGAACUGUCGCAGGCCAGUGUGCCACAACAAUAAAAUAAAUCGUCACUUUCAUUGUAUGCGACCACAUUGCGACUAUUCUUUUGUUCGUCACAGUACAAUGUCGCAGCAUAACAAGAAGCAUCCAACUGUAACAUCGGCAGUUUUGUCAGUGCCGGUCACAAAAACCGUUCCAGCCCCCAGCACCAAAGUGGUUCCUUCUCAGUUUGUACCCAUAGCCCCAGCGGUGUCCCAGCCGGCCUCAGCGCCUCCGACCCCAACAAUCACUUCUCCUAACUGUAGCAAAACAGUGAAAUCUGCCGGGACUUUUUUCCCACUGUCUGGGAUGACCAGCUUCAAAAUGAGCUCCCUGGCGUCACCGUCUAUAAGCAACUCCAAGGUUUUAACUUCUGGAACUACAGGACCACUUCUGUCCACUACUCCUUUGACCCUCGGUGGGGCUACCCCCACGCAGAUCCUUACUGGGGCACAAGUGUUCCAUGCGCAGGAUGGCACGGCCAUUUUCUCACCAGGAACCCUGUUAACGCUGCCUCAUAACCUAAUUUCAACAUCCAUACCGUUACUGACCUCAUCUGCUCACGGUCAGCAGACGAACCUACUGACCGGCCUCAUCCCAGUGGGGCAGAUGUCCCAGCAUUGUCUAGCAACUCCACUGGUAAGCAUUUCCAGUGCACAGCUCAUUACAGCUUCCCAAGGUCAUGUCCUUCAUUCAGGUGGGGGAAUCCUAGGAGGAGGGGUUUUCCAAGUCAUCCACAGCCCAACCACUAUCACUACCCUGACAACCUCUGCACCAGCCCCCAUCAGCACUUCAUCAGCAUCCAGCAGUGCAACAACUAAUCCGAGUUCAACACCACCGCUGACUGUCCUCCUUCAUCAGCAGCAGCAACAACAGCAGCAGCUGCAAGAUGGUGUAGCCGGCGCCUUAAACUGGGCCAGCCUCAAGAGGAGAAUGCAUUACUCUGUGGAUCUCAACUGUGGACGCCCAUUUUGCAAGCUGAAGAAGAAGGAUCACUACCAUUGUCUAGAUUGCAAUCAGGCCUUUUCAUUUUCAGCAAGACUGCGGGCUCAUAUAAGUAAACAUGGGUUUAAAUUUAAGAAACCUGAGCAUAAAGCAAAACAAAGUAUUAGCCCAGAACUUGUAGACCAAAAACAGACUGUAGCCAAACCUAUAGAUUUGUCUUUGGAGACUCUAGUCUCCACAAACAGAAUCAAAUCAAAGGAUGUCUGUGCUGUGACCAGUGAAGAGCUGUCAUCAUCUCUCAACCUUCAGCCUUCUAUGUUUACCAGUAUGGUAAAACGAGCAGAUGCAGCAGAAAGUGAUCUUUCUUACGUGAAUGGUAAUUCAGACAGGGCUGCUGCUAAACUGUUUAAUAGCAGUGAUCCCAAGCCAAGGUGUGAUCCCAAGCCAUUGACAUGCAAUCAGGAGACAGCAGAGUCAUAUGUAGAUGAUGACAGUGAAGAUGUCGGCGUCGGUCAUGUCAGUGAAUCCAAGCAUGAUGACAGAUCUUUGGACUCUCCUUCUCUGGUCAUUGAUGAUGUUUUAGAUGAUAGUUACGAGUCAUCUCUUGAUGCCUCUUCCUCUAGCCUGACACUCUGCUUGUCAUUGUCCAGGAAGUCUGGCAGGAAGCGUGUGGCCUCCAAGAAUGAGGACUUUGUCUGCACUAAUAACUUGCUGAUUGCAAAGCCUUCAAAGAAGAGAAAAUUGCAGUGGGGGGUUAGGAGUGAGUCUGACCUUCCAGAUGGGUUUAAAAGAGUCCGCUGCGGUGAGGAUUGCGGGCAUGUGCGGUGUGCUUACAGGCAGACUGUAACACACUUUCACUGUGUGCGCGCUGACUGUGGUUACGGCUUUAGUGACAAGUCACGCAUCAUUCAGCACCGCGUCAGGCACGAGCGGCUCGACGCCCUCAUGGGUGGGGAGUUCCAGCAGUACAGGGCGUCUGUCACCUGUGACCGGGCCGAUUGUGAGUUUGACGAGAAGGCUUCCCACUUCCACUGCUUGAAGUGCCCGUACUCCUGUGCUGACUCCAGCAAGGUCCCUGCCCACCGCAAGUACCACACCAAACUGGACAACAUCAGCAGCAAUGGGUUUAUCAAGUAUGCAGGCUCGGCUGAUUGCCAAAUAGCUGCCUGCUCGUAUUUCCGCAAACAGACUCACUAUCAUUGUACGUUCCCUGGAUGUGGUCACUCAGUUCUGGGGCCAUCUCAGAUGGCGCCACAUAAACUUAAGCAUGCCCAACACCAGUCUGCGUGA